GUUGGGAAAAUGGUCGGGAUCUGCCUCACACUGAUUAAAUAUCGUUUUAAAGUUCAGAUGUUAAUGCCAUAGACCUAGCCUAAUAAUGAAUGGAUGGAUUUUGCGAGUUGUGUGGAAUGGACUGGGACAUGACCUCCGUAAAACUGACAAUCUAAACAUCUAUACGGUUGUAAGAUUCGAAAAUGAAUAGAACAUCAUUAACGUGGAAUGUUAGCCGUCUGUAUCACCAAUAUGCAGACCCAAGAGUUAAAGAUUGGCCCCUUAUGGAACGUCCAGUAACAGUGAUCUCAUUAGUAGCUAUUUAUUUAUUAAUAGUCAAGCAUCUUGGUCCUCAACAUAUGGCCAAUAGAAAACCAUACGUAUUUACCAAACUGCUUAUGACUUAUAAUGUUUCUUUAGUCAUUUUAACCAGUUAUACAUUAUAUGAGAUUUUUGUUAGUGUGUUACAUGUAGAUUUUGAUAAAGGUUGUAUGGUAGUUGAUUAUAGCAAUACACCAAUGGCCAUAAGGAUGGCUGGUGCUUCAUGGUUCUAUUUUAUUUCUAAAGUUAUAGAAUUGUUAGAUACAGUAUUUAUUGUUGCAAAAAAGAAGCAAAGUCAAGUGACAUUUUUACAUGUUUAUCAUCAUAGUACCAUGGUAUUAGUUUGUUGGUUUGUCACCAAAUUUAUGCCUGGAGGAAUGAAAUUCUUCCCAGCUUUAAUGAACUGUUGCAUACACAUAUUAAUGUAUUCAUAUUAUGGCUUAGCAGCAUUAGGACCUCACAUGCAAAAAUACCUCUGGUGGAAAAAAUACCUGACUCGUUUACAAAUUGUACAAUUUAUAUUAGCAACAACAUACCUAACUUAUUCUUUUAUGGUGCCUUGUGGAUAUCCACGCCUAAUAUCAGGAUUUGGAAUUGUAUAUUCCACGACAUUUUUAUCUUUAUUUCUUAAUUUUUACUAUCAAGCUUAUAUCAAGAAAGCCAGAUAAUAUGUGACUUUACCCAUACCAUAAUAGUAUAUAGUUAGUCUAGAAAUUAUAUUGGUGCACAUCUGGGUACAAAUUGUGUUAACAGGACUAGUCUACUUUCCUUUUUAGGUAGAAUAAAUACAUGUAAUUAUUGAAACUAUUUAAAAAGUUUACAUAAGAACAAUAAAGGGACAGAUGUGCCAUUGACUUGUCCAAUCAUAUAGUGUCAGAAACGACUCGUCUUUUCUUAAGACAAUGCCAUAUAUAGAAAAGACAUAGAAAUUGGAAAUGAAUUUCUAGAUUGAUAUAUUUUUUGAAGGAAUUAUUCCUUAUUAUUCUACUACUUUUGAAGACUAUUAACAUAUAUCAAGACACAAAAUGAUGUAUAUCCAUUUAAGCUUUUCGGAAGAGUGUAAGAAAACUACUGUAUGGAUUUAACAAACGUCUAAUUGGAGAGAAAUAUCCCUGCUACUUAUCCUGAAGGUUUCAAUUAAUAAUGUUAAGUCAUUACACCAAAACUGUCAAAAAAGUCAAACUGCUUAAUUAACAAUUAGUACUCUCCGUUUCUAAUUAACCCUUUUAAAACAAAGUCAGUUUAAUCAAGUUGAUACAUAGAUAUAAAUAGCAUACUUUAGAAAUAUUUUCAGGUAUAAUUUAUGAUAUUUUUGAUAAUGAAAAGAAAAGUUGACUGCUCAUGUUUGACCUACUUGUUCCCAGAUAGUCACAAAUGUCUUUGAAUUUCAAGGCUUGAAGACUAAAAUAAAUUGAAAACAACUAUGCCAGUUGUAUAUUCUGUUUAAUUUUCAUACAUGCAAUAUAGUUCAGUUUGAAUCUCGUAAUUGAAUGUCUGAUGAUGCACAAUUCUUUUGACCAAAAAGUUAGAUUAAAAUUUAGUGUGUGAAAAAAAAAAAUGUAUUCAUCUACAGAAUUGAUUAAUCAGUUAAUAGAGCUCAAUUUCAGCUACCUGUAUCAUCGUUGACAUCCUCAUUGGUGGUUAUUAUCCAUGACUCGUAAAGGUAAUAUCUGCACAUGUGAAUAAUGGCUAGGGCAAGAUUGUUUUCCCAUCCUUAAUUCCCUUCUUUGACUGGGGCCAUCAUUUGGUGUAUUGAUAGUUCCUUGUAAAUGUCUUGUCACAGCCCAUCUCAUGCUAUCUAAGCAUGUUUAGGAUAUAAAAUCUUCAUCAGGAAAGCUAUCUUUGGAGGUUAACUUUCUAAUAUAGGACUAAAUAUUCAUGAUAUUCCUGCUCAAAAAAAUUAAAACUAUUUUUGUUUUGUUAAUGUUUUUUUAAUUUAUUUUUCAAUUUAACAUUGUCAAUUAUAUUUUAUAGAUAUUUUCCAUUAAAAAAAAACAAAACAUGUCAACUGCUGAAGUCUUUAAUUAAAUGUCAGCUAUUAAAUGUCAUACCUUAAAGGUAUUGUGUAAACGGUUUUCUAACAAAAAUUUAUAUGUAUAGGGAACACUGUUGGCAUUAAUUUUUUCCAAUUUUUAUACGCCCACAUCUCUCUAUGUGGACGUAUAUUGUCGGCACCCCCGUCUGUCCGUCCGUCAACAUUUGCUUGUAAACGCUCUAAUAACUAGAAGGAAUCAUAUGAAAUUCGGUAUGUGUAUACAUAUUCAUAAAACGAAGAUCAAGCUAUUUUUACAAGCAGAGUUAUGGCCCUUGCCCCAAAAUCUUGAAUAUUUACCAUCCGCAUGCCGUGGUUGGCAUAGAUGGCUGUAGUCUACUAUCUUUAGUUAGAUGUCUGUGGUUCCUGCAAUUCCAAAAAUGUGUGAAAUGACGUUACUAAUUGCAAAAUAUGCUUUAUCACUUAGGGCCUUCGCAUGUCAUCAAACACUUAGUCUUAGUGAAAUUACAGAAACCGCAGAUGUCUGACUGAGAAUUGGAAUGGUGCAAAUUGAUGCUAUCAGUGUCCCUGAUGCACAUAAAAAUUUAGAAAACCUCUUUGCAAUCUCUUUAAUUGUAUUAAAUGAAUGGG